AUGGCCACCAAAACCAUUAUCAAUUGCAUGGACCAGACUACUACCUCCAGCCCGGUUCAGGGUAUUUCAAUAAAAAUUGAUCAAACCGCUAGUCCGACAACAACAACGGGAAUUAUAAUACCCAAUUAUUCUGGACCAGCCUCUGCCGCCUUGGUCUCAAAUGUCAUUAAAAUACAACAUUCUUGUCAAACCAGUGACAAUAAUUUGAAGUCCUCCUCUUCGUCGUCGUCUUCCUCCACACCAUUGAAUGGCCAGAAUGAUAAUAAAUUACUAAUUGAUAUUAACCGUAAACAGACAACAACAACCAGCUCCACAACAAUCAAUGGUGGUGAUUGUGCUGCAUCCUCGUUCCAUGUUCCAACCUCAUCGACAUCUUCGUCUGCUGUUAUCCAAGUUAAGUGCACAACACCACCAUCCAUGGCAGCCGUUGAUCUUCCAUUAUCUUCCAGGCAAGAAAAUUUAUUGGAAUCUAACGGUAUUGGAAAAACGAGAGAGCAAUCUAAUAAUGAUCAUGUUUUAAGAGAGAGUUGCAUUGAAGUUGGCAAAGAGAGUAGCCAGCAGAGGAGCAAUAACUUCAAUGAAAGUAACCAAAUGGCCAUUACGACCACUACCACUACCACCACCAUACACCAAGAGCCACUCCAACAACAACAACUAACUAGUCAACAGCUUAAACCAGACCAACUACCACAACCAGUCGUUGAAUGGCCAAGAAAACCAAGGCAAUGA